GGACAUCUAGGACAAUCAAACACUAAUGUAAUCUCAGAGUGCACUGAGGCUUUAUUGCUUUUCAUGGAAAUGAUCGAAUAUACGUGAAGAUAUAAAUGGGAGCACUAACUGGUGGACAGACCAGAAUGCCCUUCCUUGCCAAUCUCUAGACUAGAACAAGUUGAGAACAACUGAUCAAAGACCUGACUUACCAUGUCCUUGUCAGACUCAUGGAAACAGAGCAGUACCAAGAAUAAGCUGCAAGCGAAUGUUGUGCACCUCCAUGAAGGAACUCAUUCAGUUUAAACAGGUCAAGUUGAGGACAAGAAUCUCUAUAAACCUCAAAGCCAAUUUCACAGACUUCAAAAGGGCAAGUGGAAGGGCAAUUUGAAGUUAUAUCCAGGUCAUAGAAGGAAUUGUACUUUGGUGGAAAAGGUCGAUCACGACGAAAAUGGGGGUGGAUAUUGAUGUGCAUGUGUUCCUACUUGAGGACAAAACAAAUGCACAUGGAGAGAGAGAGAGAGAGACUCCCUUCCAUGGAAGCUCUGUGGCUUGGGAAGUUAAGAUGCCUUUCCUUUCCUUCAGUUAUAUUGUUUGUAAAGGACAACGACUGUCCUCACCAUUUUUGUUCUUUCUAUUGUCCAAUGUGAAAUGCUCACUUUUGUUUCAUUUCUUGUCUCCUUCCAAUUAAUGCCAUAGCCCCAGCACCACGCAGCACUGAGAAACCAGAGCUCCAUCAUCUCUAUAUAAACUUAGUACUAUACCAUUUCAUAUCGAAUAACAAUUACGUUCACUUUACUCUGUCCAUUUGUAAACUGUAUCUCAACCGAAAACCCGACAUCCAACACACACCCUGUUUCUCCGCAAGCACUCUGCCCUGUUUCCCUCUCCCCACUAUGCCUUCCAGGCUCUCAGAUACCUUCAGAGCGUACCCUGUCGAACCCCAUCAUAAACAAGUCGACUUUAGUUCAGUGAAAGAAUUGCCGGACUCGUAUGCAUGGACAGAACUUGAUGAGUACCCUUCUUCUCACUGUCCUAGCAAAGAGACUUUGCCGGUCGUCGAUCUCAAUGACCCGAAUGCCCUAAAGCUAAUAGGCCAUGCAUGCAAAAGUUGGGGCGUGUUUCAAGUCACGAACCAUGGCAUACCAGAGGAACUUCUUCACGAUGUCAAGUGCGCUGCCAAGAACCUUUUCUCUCUGCCGGUGCCGCAAAAGCUCAAGGCAUCUCGUUCCCCAGAAGGCAUCUCGGGUUAUGGAGUCGCACGGAUUUCUACCUUUUUCCCUAAGCAAAUGUGGUCUGAAGGUUUCACCAUUAUGGGGUCACCAAUGGAACAUGCUCGGCAACUUUGGCCCCAGGGUUACAGCCUAUUCUGUGAUGUGAUUGAACAGUACCAGCAAGAGAUGAAGCAGCUAGCAGGAAGGUUGAUGUGGCUUAUGCUUGGCUCUUUGGGGUUGACAAAGGAAGACAUCAAAUGGAGCGGCCCAAAAGGAGAAUUCACAGGUGCAGUUGCUGCUUUGCAAUUGAAUUCUUACCCUGCUUGCCCGGACCCAGACAGGGCGAUGGGUCUUGCUGCUCACACAGACUCCACGCUCCUCACAAUUCUUUAUCAAAAUAACACAAGUGGCUUGCAAGUGCUUAAAGAGGGCAGUGGAUGGAUCACAGUACCUCCACUUUCCGGUGCACUUGUCGUUAAUGUGGGGGACCUCUUUCACAUACUAUCAAAUGGCUUAUACCCGAGUGUCCUCCAUCGAGCAAUGGUUAACCGAGCAGAGCACCGGUUAUCAGUCGCGUAUCUAUAUGGACCCCCGAGUUGGGUUCAAGUCUCGCCUCUACCAGAACUAAUAGACUCUAAUCAUCCUCCACUUUACAAGCCAGUGACUUGGAGCGAGUACCUUGGGACCAAGGCAAAACAUUUCAACAAAGCACUGUCAUUAGUUCGGCUAUGUGCUCUUGUAAACGGACUACCUGAUGUAAGUGAUGGUACCGUGAAAGUCCGCUAAAUUUUUCUCUAGCUAUUGCACCUCGAAGUGUGUAUUGGUCGGCAAAAUCAGAGGAAAUGAAUUCCUGAGGAUUCUAGUGUGUAAGUUAAACGACGAACCGGAUGAGCUCCCAUGAGAAUGACCCCAAGGAAUGAGAAAUUGUGUCGAAUCAUAAAAGCGAGAUGCAAACAAAAAGACAGCUUUUUUGUCCAUUUGAAUAUUCAGGUCAAGGAACAAA